AUGAAUCUUUUCAAUUUCGGUCGUGAACAAUUACAAAAUGGCAUGUUAAACAAUAUGCUUAGCCAAGCCGGUAUCGAUGAUGUUGGAUCGUUUGUACAACAGUUUCGUCAGGAAGCAGCUGUUCAAAGUCAUCAAGGUGAUGGUGGUGACGAUGAAGAUGAAGAUACAUCAAUUCGACAUGCAUCGGGCCAACAAGCCAAUUUAUUUUCUAUGGGAAGUUCGAUGUUGAAUCAGUUUGCUGGCAAUAAAGGUCAAGCAGGUGGUAAUAAUCCGCUUGAUAUGAUUCAAGGCGCAAUGAAAGCUUAUCAAACGUUUUCCGGUGAUCAAAGUGGCAGUAUUAGCGGCGGUGGCAACUUUUUUGAUAAUAUGAACUCAACUUAUCAAAAUGCUCAAAAAAUGUAUGCUCUCUACAAACAAUUUGAUAAAAAUGGCGAUGGUAAAAUAACUGUUGAAGAUAUUGAAAUCUAUUUAAAGGAAACAGGCCUUGGCUUUGUUUCGCCAUACUUGGCACGAGCUCUAUUUCAAGCAGUAGAUCAAAAUCAUAAUGGUACACUUGAUUUCACUGAUUUGAUGGCAUUGGUUACAAUCCUAAAUAAACUACAAGGUGAAUUCGGUGGCGUCCACCAAUAA